AAACACUUCAAAUAAACAAAAUCUAAAUCGAAAAUAAGUCAGUGAAAUGGCGCCGAAGACGAGGGAAGCCCAAUUGGCGGAAAUGGAUUUGAUAUUCCUGGAGGAUGUGCUGCCCAAGUGCCACAAGUGCCUGACCACCACACAGGCGGACUACGUGAAUCAUCAUAGAGGCGGUCGGCCGAUGCGUUGCAAAAAGAUAGCCCAGGAAGACCCCUCGCUGCUCUCUGGCCACUAUGCGAACAACCUGAAGGUGAAUGGACAGGAAAUGAAGACAAAGACCUGGCCCCGCUCCAUGGACUGGCGCGAGGAGUACGAGCAGUUUGUGCGGCGCAACAAGUGGUGCAACGAGGAGAUCUACAAGCUCUUCUUCGUGUGCCCGCCCGUGCAGUACAAGCAGAUCGAACAGUAUCUGCUGGACCUGCAAAAGACAGUGUACAUGUUCGACUACUCGCCCAAGGAGUACGUGUCGCUGCUCAGCCAGCGGCGUCGCAACCAGGACAAAGAGGAGCUGGAGCGUGACAGCAGGCACAAGGAUUAUUGGACUACCUACGGGAACUAUUACAACCGCGUACAAGAAACGGAGCAAUUCCGGGAUGCCAUCUAUGCGGCGCCAAAGCCAAAGGACUUUUCAGUGGAGAACUUUGCCAAGGUGAUGCGAAAACUGUUUACAAAGUACAAUCUGACCACGUACUUCGAUGACAUAUGCGUGCCAGCGCUGUUCAUGGCGAAGGAUGGCAUAAUGCCAUCGGGACCCAUCGAUUGCUAUACCCAUAGGAAGUACUGAGUGGAGGGAGUCUACCAGCCAUACUUACGCAUCUUCCCAUUCGUGAAAGAGUGGCAGCACACGGUUCGAGUGCGCCACAGGCACAAAGAUCAUGGCGUACUUCAAGUAAACGUUCGAAUUCUGCAACAAAUAUUCUCAUUAAAUA